AUGAAUGAAAAGAAGAAGUGCCACUUUUUUUUGCUGGUCAUCCGCUCCCAUUACACACUCGAACACAUGUCUUUUUCAAUUGCAACAAGCUCCAUCUCUUCUGGCACCGCUACCACAUCACGACUUCAGUGUGACUGUACUGCGUUGAUGUAUGACAGCAUGACUACGGAUGAAUUGAAAGAGGCUCUUCGAGAUGCGCACAGAGAAAUCAAUGAUGCACAGCGCAUUAUCUCUGAGCUCAAGCUGGAGCUAGCCACUGCCAAAGUGAAGAAAGGCGGCCAAAAGGUAGGAGCAUCGGAAGAGUUGUUGAGUGCGGAUCAAGAGAUUGCCAAGCUCGCCCAGAUAUACAUGCUUUUCCAUCAACCCUGGGUCCGCGCCGACGAUUUCCGCAAUCCAAAACCAUCAUUUGAAUCAAAUAGCGCUGAAAGAUUUUCAAGUGACGAUAACCUGAAGCUUGGUGCGACCAUGGAACUGUAUGAUUGCGUUCCCGAGCGCCUACAUGAUUAUAUGCAAAGUCACAGCGACUUUGCGACAAAGUUCAUGAAAGAAUUGUCUUCUAGCCGUUCAAGCAUCAUCGAUCGCCUGCGCAAAAAUGCUGCCACAAUUUUCGGCCUUACUCCUGACAUUUUCUUGCGUAAAUUCAAUCGCUCAACCAACUCGACCAUCAAUACCUUGCUUGGGUACAAUGCGAGCGGCAAGACAGUGGCGCUUUUAAUUAUCUACAGGCCGAGUGCGAUAUUUGGUGAUGCACUGCCGAUCCUGCGGUCAAACAGCCCUUACGCUUCUCGUUCAGAGUCUGGAACUACAGCUGGCCUAAUUUGUUGUGUCGCAACCCUGGCUCGCUUCAUUAUGUCAACGGAUACUGAACUCACAGGAGCGGGGGUUGGCAAUGUGACUGGGAUCGGUUAUUUUGCCGACUUUGACGCAUACAAAAAGAUCUUGACACUUUCACGGGAAUCUUCGUCAGCAAUCAUUCAACUUUACAGGAUUUGGGAUGCAAGACUUUUCCCCAACGUGCAUCCAGCUUCGGAGUCUGGGGAGGAAUUUGAAGACGACACGAACGGAAACGGAAACGACGACGAGGAGAUUUCACAAUUUCUUCGUCAACUUCAUGUCCAAGAAUCUCCCUCCCACCUAUGGCGGUUGUUCUGCACAUUUAAUCCCCGCACGCAACUUUCCGAGCGCGCACGCAACUUUCGACCAGCGCGCAACUUUUGGAUGCUAAAUUCGGUUGUUUGGUCUAGCAUUUCUCAUGCAACGUCACCCAAGCAAUCCUCAACAUCGUCCCGAAGUCUCUCAUCGUCGUUGAACACGGCAAGCUCACAUAAUAAUCUAUUGUAUCAAAUACUUUGCAUUGAAACUAAGUGUGUCAUUCGGAAGUUGCGCCGUGCGGUCAAAUUUAGCAUCCAAAAGUUGCGCGCUGGUCGAAAGUUGCCCUCCAGCGCGCCGAACACAAUUGCGUCGCAACCAUCGGGGAAUCGGAUUCAUCCCGCUCCUGUGGCUCCACCCCCCGUUUCCAGUCCCUCCAUCACGUCCAUUUUAAACACUGGGGCGACAGCGUUUGAUUCCCAAGGGACGGACUCGGAAAAUCUCGAAGCUGUGCAAGGUCCAGGGGAUAAUUUGACAGAGCCCGUCAAACCGCUGCCACGCCGCGCCGCCAACAGGCGACAGGUUGCUGCAGCUGCACCUAGCUCCAUCAAUUCCACCGAACCUGUCAUUCCGAUCGCUGCUGAACAGCCUCAGAAGUGCACCACCCGUGGAAAGAAAGGAACGACGAAGCGCCGUUGA